AUGUGGGCGUGCUUAUGCCUAGAAAUAUGUAUGCUCAAGCUAAAGAUUAAACAUGCUCAUGCCAAGAGUCUUUCUCAUGAAUUGAAUUCCAAAGGUUUACGACCUUACCCGUUUUGGAAGCCUCGACGCUUAAAUCAUCUGGAGGAGGUCUUAACUAUGAUAAGGACAAAAUUUGACAAAGCAAAGGAAGAAGUGAAUUCUGAUCUGCAUAUUUUUGAAGCAGAUCUGGUUGGGAUUCUGGAAAAGAAUGUAGAAAGUCAACCAGAAUGGCAGGAAACUAUAAAGGACUUGCUGGUUUUGUCUCGGAGCUGUGCCAUGACUUCUCCUGGAGAAUUUUGGCUUCAGUGUGAAGGCAUAGUUCAAGAUUUGGAUGAUAGGCGUCAGAAGCUUCCUAUGGGAAUGCUUAAGCAGCUUCAUACUCGAAUGCUUUUCAUUCUCACCAGGUGCACAAGAUUGUUGCAGUUCCACAAGGAAAGUGCGUUCGCUGAGGAUGACCUUGUUUUUCAGCUACGACAACCACUUCAGCCUGUAGAUAACCACGUUUCUCAGGUUGUGGAAAGGGACGAGAAUAUUCCUAGUGCUUCAAAAGACUCGAAGGCACCGUCUGCAAGAAAAUAUUACAGUCAAGAACAACAUGGCUUAGAGUGGAAAAGAGACUACGCUGUAAAAGGAAAUUUUCUACCUUCACUAGUUGACACUGCAAAGGACUUAGAUUCUACUGCUGGUGGGAAUCGGAUGGCUUCUUGGAAGCAAUUUCCAUCUUCUUCUGGAAAAAGACCCAAAGAAGCAGCUUCAGCGAAGGAGCAGAAUGACAAUAUCAUAGAAGCUUCAAAAAUAUUAAGCAAGAGAAGAAUCCAUGGCGCUGAUCUGCCUCCUGCUAAUGCUAAUGUUACUGAGCUUCCUCCAGCUAAAGAUUCUAUUGGACAGUCUCCCAUGCCCUCCAAGCACCAACAUAAAGUUUCCCGGGGCCACUGGGAAGAUCAGCCAGGCAUUGCUGAUGAAAGCUCAAUAAUUUGUCGCAUAUGUGAGGAGGAAAUUUUCACUUUGCAUUUGGAAGACCAUUCUAGAAUUUGUGCAAUUGCUGAUCGAUGUGACCAAAAGGGAAGUGUCAAUGAGCGUCUGCUUAGAAUUGCUGGAACUCUUGAGAAUUUGAUGGAUUCAUUUUCACAGAAGGACUGCCAACAUGCUGUUGGAAGCCCAGAUGUUGUCAAAGUAUCAAACUCGAGCGUUACUGAAGAAUCGGAUCUUCUUUCUUCAAAACUCAGUGAUUUAUCUCCCAGAGGCUCAGGAGACAAGCUGGACUUUUUUCCAGAAAAAGACAAUUCUGUUUUCAUGGACGAACUCAAGGGUUUACCUUCAUCAUCAGCAGGAAGCACGAUUCCUAGGUCACCCUUGAUGACACCAAGAAGAAGCCAGAUAGACUUGCCUUUGUCUGGGAAACGUGCUUUCUCUGAACAUGAUGAUCGUCCUCAGAUGAAUGAACUCGCUGAUAUAGCUCGAUGUGUAGCAAAUACACCUCUGGACGACGAUCGCUCUUUGUCAUACCUGCUUUCCUGUAUUGAAGACUCGAAAGUUAUUACAGACCGCAGAAAAUUUGAUGCCCUCACUGUGGAGACUUUUGGAGCACGUAUAGAGAAGUUGAUCAGGGAGAAAUAUUUGCAAUUAUGCGAAUUAGUAGAUGAUGACAAGGUUGAUGUAUCAAGCACUGUAAUUGACAACGAUGCUUCUUUAGACAAUGAUGUUGUACGUAGCUUGCAAACUAGUCCUAUACAUUCUACCAAAGAUCGGACCUCGAUAGAUGACUUUGAGAUUAUAAAACCAAUCAGUAGUGGGGAAUUUGGCCGCGUUUUCUUGGCAAAAAAGAGAACAACAGGGGAUCUGUUUACGAUAAAGGUUCUAAAGAAGGCAGAUAUGAUAUGUAAGAAUGCUGUCGAGAGUAUUUUGGCUGAAAGGGAUAUAUUGAUCUCAGUUAACAAUCCUUUUGCGGUUCGUUUCUUCUAUUCAUUUACCUGUCGGGAAAAUUUGUAUCUUGUAAUGGAGUACUUUAACGGCGGAGAUCUGUAUUCAUUACUGAGAAAUCUAGGCUGCUUAGAUGAAGAUGUUGCUCGCGUAUAUAUAGCUGAAGUUGUGCUUGCUUUGGAAUAUUUGCACUCUCUGCGUGUGGUUCAUCGUGAUCUAAAGCCUGAUAUUUUGUUGAUUGCACAUGAUGGUCAUAUUAAGUUAACAGAAUUUGGGCUAUCUAGAGUCGGUCUCAUCAACAGCAAUGAUUUAUCGGGUCCAGCUGUUAGUGGAACAUCCCUAAUGGAAGAUGAUGAACCUCAAUUGUCUGCAUCUGAGCAUCAGCAAGAAAGGCACAAGAAACGCUCUUCUGUGGGUACACCAGACUAUUUGGCACCUGAGAUUCUUCUAGGAACUGGGCAUGGCUUUACUGCUGAUUGGUGGUCUGUUGGUGUUAUACUAUUUGAGUUGAUUGUUGGAAUUCCUCCUUUCAAUGCUGAGCAUCCUCAGAAAAUAUUUGAUAAUAUUCUCAACCGCAAGAUAUCUUGGCCUCGGGUCCCUGAAGAAAUGAGUCCUGAAGCACAUGAUUUUAUUGAUCAGUUACUGAAAAAAGAUCCUAAUGAGAGACUUGGAGCUAGAGGAGCCUCAGAGGUGAAACAGCAUCCAUUUUUCAGAGAUAUUAAUUGGCACACACUUGCUAGACAAAAGGCUGCUUUUGUCCCUGCAUCUGAGAGUGCACUGGACACCAGUCGCCUCUCCUGGAAUCCUUCGGAGGAACAGGUUUAUGCAGCUAAUGAUUUUGAAGAUUCCAGUGACAAUGGUAGCAUGAGUGAUACCAGUAGUUGCUUGAGCAUUCGACAUGAUGAACUGGGAGAUGAAUGCGGGGGUCUUGAAGAACUCAAUUUAGGAGCUGAUAUCGAUUAUUCCUUCAGCAAUUUCUCGUUUAAGAACCUGUCCCAACUCGCUUCUAUCAAUUACGAAUUACUUAAGAAAGGUUUGAAAGACGAUCCACCUGACAAAUUCUAG